UCACAUCUGUAUUUGCUCAUGCAGAUUUAGAAGAUCACAGCUCAUGCGACGGACUCAGUCGAAGUCAAAUAUUCGGGAGAGACUCUCGCGACGGCUUGGAACGAUAAAUUUAUGACAUGGCUCAAUUUUCUUUAGGGGUCCUCCUCGUUUUUUUGGUGCACUCGGCGCUGGCGGAGCCGGACGCCGGAACGCCAUCGACGGGAAACUUGGGGACGCCCCCUAACGCAGGGACGCCCCCCAUGGCGGGGGCGCCUGUAAUGUCGAACCCCAACAACAGUUCGAUGCCGAAGCCGCCCAAUUUUGAAGCAAACGCUGGGAUGCUGCGUAGCGCGACGGACUUUCUGUACUCUUACCUGCCCGGCCGGCAGAACACAGAGAAGCUUGAGCUCCUGAUCCUGGCCAUCUCCGACCUCCGUGCUGAGAUCAAGAGCCUCAAGAUGGAGCUUGGCGACCUCACCAUGAGGCUCAUGCCCAAAACUCCAACCACCUCCGAUUCCCUCCUCCCCACUUUCCUCCCCAUUUUCAACAGAGCUGCCUAAUAUACUCCCGAUCGCUCUUCAUGUUAUUCCUUCUUUAAAUGCAGACUCCGCAGCCGAGGCUACCUUUAUUGACAGGUUUUGAAAAUAAAGUAGACUCAAUUUUCAGAGUAAA